CGCAUCAAUAAUGAGGUUGGUUUAUCGUCUGUCCUUCUUGCUCUCUCUACAAUGAUUACCCCUACUCUUUCUUUCUCUCUCUCUUUCAUUUUCUUCCUCAGUUCUACCAAGUCGACAGCUUCCAGAGAUGCGACACAUCUUCAACCAGCACAAUGCAACCAAGGCUGCAGGAUUGACCAGGGCUCGGAGGCGCCACCCAUCACUGCGCCCGCAUUCUGUCAAUGGGCCAGCCUCGACCACUCGCUGUUCCCGAUGUCAAGAUUCUUCUUACCUACGCUGGCAGUCGUCGUAGUUAUGUCAGCCAGUUCACCGUCAAAAGGUUUUGUAAAAUAACAAUGACAGCCAACAGUAGUGUGUGUAGGCAAUUGCGACUCUCCGUUCGAUAGACUUUUCGAGCUAAAGUUAUUCGUAGAAUGCAGCGGUCAGUC